AUGACAGAUUUUUCUGAAAUAAACAUUUCUAAAAUCGAAAACCCAUUCUUACAUAAAAAAGAAAAGAAAGAAAAACUGAUAGUUGAACCCUUGAUUUCAAUUUAUAACACCCAAAAUAAGAAAAAGUUUGGAAAUCUUUUCAUCAAUAAAGAUGAAAAAGAAAUUUACAAAAAUAAAAAGAUACAAAUACUAGAGAGCAAAAUGUUCCAAGAUAUGAUUAAACCUCUGUGCACAAUUCUCUUUAUUGAAGCAUCUGAUAAUUUCACAGAUCGAAAAAAUGAUUGAAAAUAA